AGGCCUGGCUGCAGCCAGAGCUGGCAGGUGGCCGAGCUGGGGGUGGACGGGCGGGCCAGGGCCAGUGCCGCCCAUUGGCUGCCUUAGACUCCCACCCCGCCUGCCUCCCCAGCCUGCAGCUCCCGGAGCACCCCUGCCUCUAAGCUGCUUCCAAACUCCCGGAGCAGAUACCUCCUGCUGGGCUAUGGCGAGCUGUGACCGGAUCGGAGUGGCCCCUGCCAUGGACAUGCCUGAGGUCCUCAAGUCCCUGCUGGAGCACUCUCUGCCUUGGCCCGAGAAGAGGACAGAUAAGGAAAAGGGGAAAGAAAAGCUGGAGGAGGAUGAGGCAGCGGCAGCCAGUACCAUGGCUGUCUCCGCCUCCCUCAUGCCACCCAUCUGGGACAAGACCAUCCCCUAUGAUGGCGAGUCUUUCCACCUUGAGUACAUGGACCUGGACGAGUUCCUGCUGGAGAAUGGCAUCCCUGCCAGCCCCACCCACCUGGCCCAGAACCUCCUGCUGCCCGUGGCUGAGCUAGAAGGGAAGGAGUCAGCCAGCUCUUCCACAGCUUCCCCACCAUCUUCUUCCACUGCCGUCUUUCAGCCCUCGGAAACUGUAUCCAGCACAGAAUCCUCCCUGGAAAAGGAGAGGGAAACUCCCAGUCCUAUCGACCCCAACUGUGUGGAAGUAGAUGUGAACUUCAACCCUGACCCUGCUGACCUGGUCCUAUCAAGCGUGCCAGGUGGGGAGCUCUUCAACCCUCGGAAGCACAAGUUUGCAGAGGAGGACCUGAAGCCCCAGCCCAUGAUCAAAAAGGCCAAGAAAGUCUUUGUCCCCGAUGAGCAGAAGGAUGAGAAGUACUGGACAAGACGCAAGAAGAACAAUGUGGCAGCCAAGCGGUCACGGGACGCCCGGCGCCUGAAGGAGAACCAGAUCACCAUCCGUGCAGCCUUCCUGGAGAAGGAGAACACUGCCCUGAGGACGGAGGUGGCCGAACUGCGCAAGGAGGUGGGCAAGUGCAAGACCAUCGUGUCCAAGUAUGAGACCAAGUACGGGCCCUUGUAACCUGUGCCCCCGCCCGGGCGGGGCCCUACCUGCCCCUCAGACCUCUGCCUGGGGGCUCCUUGAACCCCACACACGUGUGGAGACUUAGGACUUGUCACGGGCGCACAGAGUGCCCCUGCUCCAGGUGCGUUCACGUCUCAGCUUCAUUAUAACCUGGCCAGCGCACACGGCGACUUCCCAGGGGCAGCCUCCCCUAUGGGGAACACGAGAGAAUCUGCGCGGAGGGGGAAUGGCCCAAGUUUCUGUUCUGUCCUGGCUGCGUCAGAAGGGACCUCCGGAGUACACAUCUCCUUCACAGGGCGCUCAGGCUUCCUCAACUCCCCUCAGUCUCCAGCCCAGGCGGGGAGGCUGUCGAGGGCCGUCUCUGCAGAACGAGUCAGGAUCGUUGUCCCCUUAUGUCUUCUCAGGUAGCAGGUGCAUUUCCACUUGUGGUGUGUCACUCACUUCGCGCUCCCCGGAAGGUCUCUGAGAGAAAUGCCCAUUCCCACCUCCUUGGAGGCAGAAGGACACACCAGCCCUGCUGUUGAGUGUGUGCAGGGUGGGCUGGCAGGCCCAGGGGCAGGGUCUUUGCAGGGCCCCGGGUGGGGUUGGGGCCUGCAGCAGAAAUCACCACACUGUUCUUAGACCUGCACCCUUUCUAGUGACCCUGAGCCUGCGGUUGGGAAGCCAGGAGGAGGCCCUAGAGAAGGGCUCUGUCUUGCCUGCUAUAGAGGGACAUUCCCUGGGUGCUGGUUUCUGAGCCCCAGUGGCCCAAGCAGAGGGAAGCCUUUGUAUCUCCUCUCCAGGCCCCUUUCUGGAGGCUACCUGAAUCUCUUCUGUCCUAUUAGAGUGGUGUCUAGGCUGCCUUUUCUUUUCAUCCAGUAACCAUUCUCAGAUCUUGGAUUUAAAAGGAAAACCUUCCUCACCGAGGAAGCUUGAAUUUCCUGGACCCAAUGUGCAGCUUAUGCAUGGUGUUUAGAAAACUGGCCACAUGGCCCCUUCUGGUGUGGCACAAGCAUGGGGCCUGUUUCUUGAGAAGCUCCAUUGUUCUCUUGCUCUUCUCACCAGUGUGGCCCAGGCCAGAGUCUGCCCUUCCUGAGGGCAGAAGAGGUCCUCUGUGUUCUUGAUCAGAUUCCUCCUGUCCAGUGGCCAGAGGUGUCUGCAAGACAGGGCACCUGGCCAGGAGUCACUAAGGUUGUAGUGCAGCUCUCAUGGGGUAACAGACUCUGGGACAUCAUCAUGGGGCUUGAAUCCCCACAGUCUUGCUCAGGAGUCUGGGGCCACCCACACAAGCCUGGCUGUGUGGAUCACAGUUUGGAUCUGGGACUUCUCUGCCCAUGGCUGCACCUCUCUGUGUAGCAGGAUCAUCCUUUUCGUUCUGCCCAGACAGUGACCUGAGGAAAGUCGUGGAACCCUGUGCUCCUUCGGGUCAACUGGGGCACUCUUGUGAUGGCUAUUACUUGCUCAGGGCGGGCAGCCUGUGUGAAGAAGAGGCAGAGGUGGUGACAAGUGCGCUUUGUCAUACUUAACACUGGCUUUAUUUAAGAUGGCGGCUCAGAGUUCCAGGGCCUAAAUCUAAAGACUUCUCCUGACAGAUGUUAAGAUUAGGCACAGUGUUUCUAGCCCUGGACUGCACCCCAGGGAUGCCACAGCCUCCAGGACCCGCAGACUCCCCUCUCCGGGGCUUUGACAAGGUCCCUGAGGCUGCGGGAGGUCUCCCCUCCCACUAGGCACCUGACUUUUAUUUCGUGGUUCUCUAGAAACCACGUGCACACUUUUCACUCUGUGAUGACGACACAGGGCAGUUGCAUCCAGCAUGUCAGUGUCCUGCCCAAGCAGCUCGCACGCACGCACGCCUGCCCGGCGUCCACCCUCUGGCCUGGCUGCUCACCCAGAGGCCUCGAGCUGGAAAGCUCGUCAAUUUUUUUUUUUUUUUUUUUUUUUUGGCUAGAAAAUGUUUGUGUUUUUCCAGUUGUUUUUUUUUUUUAAUGAUAGAAACCUAUACUCUGGAUUGUUCCAACCCCAGGGGUGGGAUGGGGGCUUGAUGUUUCUCCUCCAUCCCGCCUGCCUCUGGCCUAUGUGGUACCCUCCCCUUCUCCCCCCAGGCACACAGGUUCUGGUUCCUUCCCAACAUGUUUGCUUAGAAAGAGUGUCUGCUGCGCUCUCAGGAGAGUCCCAUGAGUCAGUAGCCUGGCAGGGACAGGAAGGAGCAUGUCCACAGGUUGACAUUCUGGGUCCUGUCCCCUGAGCUAAGCCUUUCAGAAAGAGUUGGUGCCUGCUCAGUGUCUUGGAGACGGAGCUGACGGCCAAAGACUAAGGCUCCUGUGUACAGGUCUUUGACAUCUUGUAAAGCUGCCUGGGCUGGAGAAGCUGCUCAUACCGGCCUUCCAGUGGGCUGGCCUGGGGGUGGAGAGAGCUGCUCACACCCUGAGCAUCUCGUCUUCACUUUUGUGGC